GAAGCCUGUGGGGUAUGUGAGAGGGCUCAGAGUUGAUGGAAUAGGUUGGGGUUGGGUUAGAAGAAUAGGAGGUGCGGGUUCCAGUGGCUGGUGGACCAACCAUAGCAGGUCUGAAGGCCAGGCCAGGGAGAUACAGGACAAGGUGGAUGUUCUAGCCCUCUUUCUUUCCCUCUUUAUCGACAGGCAGAUUUGGGUCCAGGUGUGAAGAUGAGAAGUGUGGAAUAAAGGGUGGUUCCAGGCCGUAUCAAGCAUUGAGGCCAGGAUGGGCUGAGGGUGGGGAAGAGAUAACACUGGGGCACACCCUAACCCAUUACUUCCUGACCAGACUCAGAGGACCUGGAGUAUAAGGGGGAAGUGGGCAGGUCAGCAUAGGUAUGAGAAGAUUGAGGGUUCCUGACUAUUGGCUUGGAGUUUGGGGAGCUUAGGGUAGAGGCCCCAGGACUUCCACCCUGUUUUUGUCUUCUUUGCAAUCCUGCUAGAGUCAGUAGGUGACAGAGUGGGAGGAGGAAGAGAAAAUCAGUUGGGGACAGGGGUCUGGGACUGGGAGGGGGAGAUCCUAGGACUCUUCCCAAUCACUCCCCCAUUUGUGUCCAGGGGAGCAUUCCUGGACCAUGACUCAGCAGCCACAAAGAGGAGUGACCAGCCUUCAUUUCAACCAAGACCAGAACUGCUUUUGCUGUGCCAUGGAGACAGGUGUGCGCAUCUACAAUGUGGAGCCAUUGAUGGAGAAGGGGCAUCUGGACCAUGAGCAGGUGGGCAGCAUGGGCCUGGUGGAGAUGCUGCACCGCUCCAACCUGCUGGUGCUGGGGAGUGGCGGUAGCAGCCCCAAGUUCUCAGAGAUCUCAGCAGUGCUGAUCUGGGAUGAUGCCCGGGAGGGCAAGGACUCUAAAGACAAACUUGUGUUGGAGUUCACCUUCACCAAGCCAGUGCUAGCUGUACGCGUGCGCCAUGAUAAUAUCGUGAUCGUGCUGAGGAACCAGAUCUACGUGUACUCCUUACCUGACAAUCCCCGGAAGCUAUUUGAGUUUGACACAAGGGACAACCCCUAGGGACUCUGUGACCUCUGCCCCAGCCUGGAGAAGCAACUGCUAGUGUUCCCUGGACACAAGUGCGGGAGUCUGAAGCUUGUGGACCUGGUGAACACAAAGCCCGGCACUUCCUCUGCUCCUUUCACUAUCAGUGCACAUCAGAGUGACGUGGCCUGUGUGUCACUGAACCAGCCAGGCACCGUCGUGGCCUCAGCCUCCCAGAAGGGCACCCUUAUUCGCCUUUUUGACACGCAGUCCAAGGAGAAACUGGUGGAGCUACAUCGAGGCACUGUCCCUGCCACUCUACUGGUGAGCAUGGGGUAUCUCAUCAAUUUCAGCCACAACUCCUCCUUCCUCUGCGCUUCCAGUGACAUGGGGACCAUCCACAUCUUUGCUCUCAAGGACACCCGCCUCAACCACCGCUCAGCGCUGGCUCGCGUGGGCAAGGUGGGGCCAAUGAUUGGGCAGUAUGUGGACUCUCAGUGGAGCCCGGCAAGCUUCACCGUGCCUGCUGAAUCCACCUGCAUUUGUGCCUUCGGUCGCAAUACUUCCAAGAAUGUCAGCUCUGUCAUUGCCAUCUGUGUAGAUGGGACCUUCCACAAAUAUGUCUUCACUCCUGAUGGAAACUGCAACAGGGAGGCUUUCGACAUGUACCUUGACAUUUGUGACAAUCAUGACUUUUGAGGAUCCUGGGGGCUAUGCUAAGAACCUGCAGUAGCAGGUCACAAAGCAGAGUCUCUGGGUGUGCGGGGUCCUGCUGUGGAAGCCACAGGGCAGCCAGCACUAACGGAGCUUGAGCACUUUCUACUCAAAAGAGAGGAGCCUCGUCUCAAUAAACAGCUUACUUCCCAAGCACUUCUUGAAGACUGGGUGCCUGCAGGGCUAGGCCAGAGACCCAGGGAAAAUCUAGACCGCCCUCUGGGGCCCCUAACCUGGAGAAGACUCCUAGGGACCCAGAGGGAGUGUCCUAACCCAACCUGUGGGGAUUAAAGACUUCCCAGCAAGAGCUGAUCUCUGAUGUGAUGAAUUUGAAUAAAGACCCUUAAAGGCA